AUGCCAGGUACAACGUUUGAAGUUGUAUCAGAUCCGUUACAUCAUCAUGGUGGGUUACAUCUUAUAUAUUUGAAAGAAAUUACUGAUGAUGAUGAUGAGCAACAAGGAGCAAUUGGAUCAACAACUGCAAGUGCUUCGGCUGCUAUAUCCGUAGCGAAGCAAUUCAGCAAUAUGAGUUUAGGUAAAGAAAAGAAUUUUGAGAUAACUGUCUGGGACAUUAGUAAAAUAAUUGGCAUUACAUUUAUAGACAUCUAG